CUAAAUACAAAUACAUAAUUCUUUCAAAAACUAUAAAUAAAAACACAACCUGUUUUUAAAUUAGUUGCCUAUUUCAUUUCAAGAACGACUGUUUCUGAUUAUGAACGAUUAACUAAGUAACUUGUUUUUUUUACACACAUUUUAAGCUAUAUAUCUAUUUCUAAAAUUUAACAUAGAAAUACACCACACGUAAUUGCUACUAAUUUUAAUCUAAACUGCAGAACUAGUUUUUAUAAUUAGCUAUUUUCUUUUUACUCGUUAAUGUAAUGUUUAAAUUUCCAGUUACUUAAAAUCGUUCUAAGUAAAUUGAUAUAUGCCUGUUUAAAAGUUGCGUUUAUCUUUACUGUCAAAGUAUUUCUGAAAAAAAAAAUAUUAACUCAAUAAUUAGUGGUAAAUUAAAGUAAAAAUCAAUCCACAAAAACCAAUAUUUGUUCAUAGGUUAGCCAUUAAAUACUAUAACAUAUCAAGCUCUUAUUUUCGAUAGACUUUAAAUCCAUUUUGAUUAUUUUUGCCUUAUCGUGAAAAGUCUUGACAUAAUAUAUUUCGCAAAUACCUCCACUAUAACGUUAGAUUAUGCCUGCCGACCUGAUUUCGGUAGAGUAGUGACGACCUUCACUAUUCAGACAUUUUUCAGCCAUUGAUUUUGCAAAAGUUUUAUCAAUAAUUUUUCAAUUGUGAAUAUAGUAAACUCGUCUUCGCUAUCAAUAUAAUUAUGCUGGAUACCAGUGAGGAAUAAUAGGUGUGGAUACAGAUGGGCAAAGCACCGGGUUUAAACCCGGUGCUUUGGUAAAAACCCAAUAAACACCCAUAAACUCCCAUAAUCACCCAAAAAAAUAGGUUUUUACGUAUUUUUUUGAAAAUAUGUAAGUAAUACCAAUAAAUUAUUUUUAUAAAUUGUAUUGAUCAAUUCUACAAUAUUAAAUAAAACGUUAACUAAUAAUAUUUCAGGAAAUUUUAAAAAUCUAUAUAUAAUAAAAUGAAAGUAAUUAAUUUUCAGUGUUUUCAUGUUGCAGUUGAUCAACAUGUUGGCCUUUUGCUUCCCGUAGAUACUUUAAAAUUUCUUCAUAACACCUCGUUCGCACACAUGGCCGUAUAUAUUUAAAUUCUUGAGCCACUAACAGUCCGAAAUACUCAUUUCUUUUAUCCUCUUCUCCAUAAAUUAAGCAUUUAGAACAGUUUGUUUCUUCUUUCAGUAAAUUUUCUUUUACUUUAUCCUCGUUUUUUUCUUUGUUGCGACGACGCUGGGUAAAUCAUCUGGACACUGGGUCUCACUAUCGCCAAAUAUAUUUGGAGAUCGGCUUCGGCUACGGCUUGGCAGACAUUUUUUUCUUUCUACAAUUUUAAAUUAAAUUUAUUAGAAUAAAUGCUUCGAACACACGCGAUCUAAGUACCUUUUGUGUUUAUUAUACCUUACCUACCUAGGUAUAAAAAGAGUACUUACGUAGAUUUUCUUUUAUUAACUGUUUUAUACGAAGAUCUUGAUCUCUCAAAUUAGCAUCCAUUUUACUUCCAGUGAUUAUCAACUAAAUUAAUAAUCCACAAAGUAUUAAAUAACGUUUUUAUGAAAUAUUUAGCACAAAAACAAUACCCUUUAAAUAUCGAUCGUCAGUAACUGUGGCUGACUUACCUAUAUUCUAGCAAGCAGGACUGCCAGAUGUGAAGGGGAAAUCCCCAAUAAAUUGUUGCAUGUGACUGAUGAUGUGAGCAUGUUCGUUUCAUAAUAAAAAUGUUGCCAGGUAACCAAAAAGUCGUAUGUUUUUGUGCGAAUUACGAUCAUAAUCUUUACGAUCGUACAUUAAAAAAUAGACAAAUAAUAGUAUGAGUACGAUUUAAAUCGUAUAUCUGUCAACCCUGCUAGCAAGACAGCGACAAAAUCACGUUGCAUAACAAUGUAGCCCAAGCUUAUAUCUUAUGAAAUAUACGGAAGAGAUACGGACUUAGAAAAAACAGAAAUGUUGUUCUUUGUGGAAGUCAUUGAUGAAAUUCUAUGUAUUUUAGCCCGCAAACUUUCUUCAAACAAAAACAGCGCCAUCUAGUAUCGAGUUCUGUAAUUAUCUCUUUGUUUAUGGAUUUGAAGUAAGACCGCCACGCAUGCAAUACAUUAUGACUGGGGAUUCCCCUAUUCGUCGACGCUGAAUAUGAGGCGACGACAAUCACUGUCAAACGUGUUCACUAUUACUCUGACUCUGGUAACGUGACUUCCUGGUAACGUGUUAGGUAGGAAAAGCAGUAAAAAAGUGCAUAUUAAGGGAGCAGAUUUGAAAUAAUAUUUAUACUUAACAAGAAAUAAUUAAAGGUUCAAUGGGGAGACCUAAAGAUUUACGCAUAUGGGAGCACUACCGUACUUUACCAAACAAGUCUGUUUCUUGCAAGCUUUGUAAUAAGGUCUACAAAUUCAGUAAUGCUGCCAAAAUGCUUCAACAUCUUAUCACUUGUCCAAAAUCUCCAGAAACAUUAAAAGACUCUAUGAAACUUAUAAAAGAUAGCUCGUCCAAAACCAAAAUGUCUAGACUGUCAGAGAUAGAGACAAAUGAUUCUUUUAUAAGCCCCUCGUCGUCUGCUAACACUACAAUAAAAGCUGAGUUUCAAGACACCGAUGAUCAUAUAAAAACAGAAUUAGCGAGAGCUAUAUUUGUAACAGGGACGCCAUUAUCGAUGGUGCAACAUCCUUUAUGGAUACAAUUUUUCGAAAAAUUGCAACCAAAAUUUAAAAUACCUUCACGUAAAGCUUUAGCGACAAAAUACUUAGAUAAAAUAUAUAGAGAAAUGCGUUUUGAGUUAAAUGAGGAACUAAAUGCUUGUAGUUACUUACACCUUCAGUGCGAUGGCUGGUCUAAUUUAAGAAAUGAAGGAAUAAUAAACUUUCUUAUAUCAAAACCUCAACCUGCAUACGUUAAAAGUUUGAAUACAGAAAGUAAUCCUCACACUAGUGAAUACCUUAGCCAAGAAGUUGAAAAAGUAAUGAAAGUGUAUGGAGCAAAUAAGUUUCUUGUACUUAUUGGCGAUAACGCUAGAAAUAUACAAAAGGCAUUCGAAUUAACAAAACUCAAAUAUCCACAUGUUGUUCCUCUCGGUUGCUGUGCACAUAUCCUUAACUUGUUGUGCCAAGAUAUUGUAAAGAUACAAGAAGUAACUGUGUUUAUUAUGCAAGCCAUAAAUAUAAUAAAAACUGUUAAAAGGAGUCAACGAUUAAGUUCCUUGUUGAUAAAAUCAAGGCAGGGUGAAGAUUCUACACAAACACUAAAAUUGCCUUGUGCUACAAGAUGGGGAAGUCAUGUUACUUCGUUAAAAAGUUUGAAAGCAAAUAAGAUAGCUUUGCAAAUAUUAACAGUUAGAGAAGAUGUGGUAAUUUCAAGAGAUAUUAAAGAUUUAAUUCUAUGUGAUGAUUUCUGGACGAAGACAGGGGAAUGUAUAAGUAUUUUGGAACCAGUCACUGAAAGCAUAUUUUACUUAGAGAGCGACCAGAAUCGUUUGCAUCGCACAUACAUUACAUUUAGAGAUGUACAAGCUAAGAUACGUUUUGCAUUAAAUGAGAUUUCGACAUUGAGCGAAGAAAGCAAACAGCAGAUUCUAACAUCAGUAUCUUCAAGAUGCAAUAUGGCAAUGAGGCCAAUACAUUUUGCAGCAUAUAUUCUAGACCCCAGGACUCUAGGAGUCGAACUUACUCAAGAGGAAGAACUUAAGGGUAUGGAGUUUAUCUACAAUUUAAGCCAACACUUAAGUUUGUCAAAUGUAAUGGCAGAUUUGGCGUGUUAUAAAGCUAAAGAAAACUUUUGGGCCAGAGGAUUUGUAUGGAGCUCAUUAGAUAGCAUUGAGCCCCUAAUAUGGUGGAAAGGUAUUUGUGGUUCCACUGAGUUAAGCAAAGUAGCGAUUCGUAUUCUAUCAGCUCCCUGUACUUCGGCAGCCACUGAGCGUUCCUUUAGUAUCCAAGGCUACAUACAUAAUAACAAAAGAAAUCGACUUACAACUGAAAGAACUGAAAAAAUUUCAUUCAUUUGUUAUAACUGGAAUCUUAAACAUAAAGCUGAAUGCGAGGACAUUCAGUUUAAUGAAGAAAAUACCUUAGAAGCUUUCAUUGAGCAAGUAAAUGAACAUAACAGUUUAGACGAAAUAGAGCCUAUCGAACCUAUACAAUUCAUCGCUUGUAAUAACUCUGAAUCUGACAGUGAUUGACUGUAGUUUUACAUUUUACUUUCAUCUCUUUCUUAAUAAACUCAAAAUCAAAUUAAAAGUUUUUUAUUCUGUAGGCUGCAUAAUAAUAUUGUCUAUGUCCAGUAUAGUGGACGUCUUGCGGCUGAGAUGACGAUGAUGAAGUACAAAAUCAUAAACACCCAAAAAUUUGGGUGUUUAUGGGGUUUAAACCCAAUAAACCCAAAACACCCGGUUUUUACCCACCAGACUUUAAACCCACCCAGGUGGAUUGCCCAUCUCUAGGUGUGGAUGAUCAAUCGGCCCUAGAUAGGGUUUUACAAUUAUUGUAACCUAAUUACUAAUAGUCGGCAACGCGCGCGUGACACCCUGGUGUUACAGACACGUAUCAGUUACGAUAACUCCGUUUACCAUCAGACGAGCCGUAUGCUUGUUUCCCACCAUAGUAGUAUAAAAGAAAAACUAAUAAUCCUUUUCUCCUCCCGGCAACUAGAUAUUAUAUUAUUGACAUUCUAAAGAUGAAAAGGUGAUUAUCACAUCACAAAGUUACUUUUUAAAUGUACAUAGUCUUACCACUAAAAUAAUUUUAAACAUUUUCAAAGAUUUUAUUGACAGAUUAGCUAAACAGCCAAUUAACCUUAAUAUUUAUAUUAUAAUUAUACAGUAUGUUA